ACGUGGAAGGACUACUGUUAAUCGUUGCUGAUUCCGGAUCGUUUCAGUAUUUAAAAUGGCCCAAAUGAUUCCAUCGGCCAGGUCGACCCAUGUUUGUAUGCUGUGCCUCACCGAUGAGGGGCCACUUCAUCCAAUUUUCGGCGGCGGAAUCGCAGAUCUGGCCGAAAAGAUCUACGACAUUUCGUCGCUCGAGCUGGCAGACAUCACCGGGAUUCCGUCCUUGAUCUGUGAACUUUGCCGCUCGCAGGUCCUGGUCAGUCAUCAGUUCGUCCUCCAGUGCCGCGUAUCGGUCUGGAGGUUUCGGAAGCUGGUGGUGGCGGCGCCGCCGGUUCGGCAGGACGUCAAAGUUCCACGGUUGAGCAUUGAUUCAUCCAGCUCCGGAAUCGGAGAACUUACCGCGGACGAUUCCGGCACAUCCGCCAAGGUCCCAACCAAACCCGUUGCACAACACGACCUCCUGCGACGCUUGAAGCACGAUGACAAGGCGGCACGUCGUCACUCGGUCGACCAAGUCCGCAAAACCGAUUCCCCAAAGAAGCCACCCAAGCAGCGACGCCUUUCGGACUCGUCGCAGCACAACCCGCUGGAGGUGACGAUCAAAACCGAACCCAAAGACGACGACGACGAUCGCGAGGGCAAGGACAACCGCAAGAAGCAGUGCACCAAAUGUGGCCGGCGCGUGAUCCACCUGGGCAAGCACAUGAACGUGGUCCACGCGGCCGUUCAGAAGCACGCGUGCGAGCUUUGCGGAAGGAGCUUUUGCCGGCCCCGCUCGUUGACGGACCACCUGAACACCCACAACGGGCUGCAGCCGUACGGUUGCGAGCAGUGCGGUAAACGGUACAGCAAUCGGGGCUCCCUGUAUCAACACGAGAGAACGCACGAAAUCAAGUACCAUUGCGAGUUGUGCAAUGAAGGGUUUACCCACAAGGGUUUGUUGAAGCUGCACAUGACAACACAUGCUGAUAGUAAGUAGUAACUUGCGGGUUUCACUACGGCUUCGAUAUAUUUUUGUCAAGUUUGAUGUUCCCUUGACGUUGUUCCUGUUUAAUUCUUGUUCAUGAUUGAAAUAUCAUUACUUUG